AUGGCAACAGUCGAAGAGACAGUUAAAGUGGCGGUGGUGACUGACCGCUCGCCAAAUAUCGUACGAUGCUCCAGUACGAUGACUGCGGAGGAGUUGUGCAUUAUUUUGUGUAAAAAGUAUAAAAUUCCUCCUCUUACUCGGACGCUUUUCGCGUUACGAGUCAAAGGUAGAGAUUAUUUUCUCAAAGAUAACGCUAAAGUGUUGUCCAGCACCAGAGAUUAUGAGCUUCGAAUACGUUUCAAGGUGCCAAGGCUGGAACUGUUGAUAACUCUAGAUGAAACAACCUAUGACUACUACUUCCUACAAGCGAGGAGUGAUGUCUAUGAGAAUAGAAUUCCUGAGAUCAAAUACCCUGAACAUAAGAAAGAAAUGCUUGGUCUUGGGAUCGCUGACAUGACACGCGCCACGGCCGAGGAAAAAUUGUCGGUAAACGAUGUGGUGAGGGAUUACAAAAAAUAUAUACCGAAAGUGAUCGUUAGAAGACAUGGUCACGUCGCCAAGAAGCACGCUCACGAUCAACUACCAAAGCUAUGUUCCGUCGGCCACAACGUGAACUAUAUAAAGAACCUAUACUUACAACAAUUAUACAUAAUGGCGCCCAACUAUUUGGCGGAGGAGUAUGACAAUGUUCUAUGGCAGAACGGCAACGAUGUGACUCCGGUGAACGUUGUGGUCGCACCCUUCCAUCCACACCAACCCGGUAUAAGGAUCUUCAAUACUGUUAAACGGGAAUGGAUCCACGUGUGUAAAAUAGAAGAAUUAAUUUAUAUUACAAGGAAUGGAGAAAAUUCGUUGGAAAUAUCUAGAAGAGGGACUCCGCUGUUCUUUAAGUUUAAAUCUGAGGAGCAUAUAUCAUCGUUUAUAUCAGUUUGCGAUGGCUAUUACAGAUUAAUGGUGAAAUGGACAUUUAACUUGUCUAAAGACGACGAGACACCGUCUCUGAAGGAGUUGCAAAGAAUAAAAUGUCACGGCCCGGUCGGGGGCGCGUUUUCAUAUAGAAAGUUGGAAGAGAAACGUUCUAAGAAACAUGGUUGUUAUAUAUUGAGACAGUGUCAGGACGAUUACAAUGUCUAUUAUUUAGACGUCUGCACAAAAAACAGCACCACAGAGACUUACAGAAUAGAAUUUAAGGGUCAUUGUUACGUGGUGAACAAUGAGGAGUACUAUAGCAUCGAGAGGCUAGUCGGAUGCCAUCAGAAUCCAGAAGGCAGAAUAUUCUUAAACGAAUGCAUACCACCGUCGGAAUAUGAUAAGUCACAAUUACUGCUGUGUGGAGAGCCAGUGAAGAGAGGUGUCCGCAUCGACCAGGCUGAACUCCAAGAUAUACUCAAGGACAACAAGAGCCCGCGAUGUCUACCCAAUAAGGACAUUCUCUUAUACACGGGUUCAGAAAAGAUUGGUUCAGAGAAUAUAACAGCGACGUACAAAGCGCUGUGGAGGCUCGACGAGACCAAAAAGUUGGUGGUCGCUUUCAAAACUUUACAGAGAGAAAAGGCUAAUGAUCAUUUGAAGGAUUUCGUGGAGUUGGCGAGUAAGUGGGCGUGUGUCCAGUCUAGUUCAAUGGUGCGUCUGUACGGAGUGACGCUCAGCUCACCCACCGCGCUUGUACUCGAGUACCUACCCUACGGACCUUUCGACGAUUAUCUCAGGGAGAACGAAGAGCGUAUAAAGCCGCUUCACUUGAAGAAGGUCGCGGCAGGGCUGGCUCGUGCACUAUGGGACCUGUCGGAGGCGGGCAUAGUCCACGGACAUAUACGUUGCCGACGACUCUUGGUCGCCGCGCAUUCUGGAGACCGCAUCAAUGUCAAACUCUCCGGACCUACGCUCUCACAUUAUACACAGCAUGACGUGCAUUGGAUGCCAGUGGAAUUCUUCUCGGACAUGAGUAUGGCGAAGCGGUCGGUGACGGGCGAUAUUUGGGCCUUCGCCACCACGCUGUGGGAGGUCUUCUCCUACGGUCAGUCGCCCACUGAGACCAAUCCCGUUCUAACUGCCAGGAGUUACGAGAUGGGCGACCGGUUGCUCCGUCCGGCGCGGUGCCCGGGCGAAGUGUGGGCGCUGGUGCGCCAGUGUUGGCAGCCCGACCCACUGCGGCCGCAGGAGAUCAUGCGAGACAUGAACCAUAUGCUGCAUCGAGAGUAUGUGCCAAUCCACGAGUACGAAGAGCCAAAGAUAUCCCUUGAACAUAUGGAACACGCAGAGACUGUUUCAAGUGACAGGUUUAUUCCGAGUGAGCUGAGCGACGCCGGCAGCAAUAAGUCCUUAAUAUCAGAUAGUAGUGUGCUCUCCAUGAACGGAACCAUGUCUGAUCAAUAUGACAAUCCAUUCGCCGACAACAAGAGCUCGAACUCGUUGGAGAGUAUGAACGGUCUGCCGUACGGGUUGCGCAGCGAGUUGCGCAGCGAGGUGCGGUCGCGCAACAGUGGCAGCGUGUGCGCGGCGCGCGCGCUCGACGACGACGGCGACCUCGCGCCCGCGCCGCGCCUCAUGGAGUCCAUCGUGUCGCAGGGGAAGACUUACCUCGUCACGCUCACCAAGAAAAUUGGCAGCGGUAACUACGGGCAUGUGUUCAAGGGUUGGAUGGAGCGCGAUAACCAAGAAUCUCAACGGAGGGAGGUGGCUGUGAAGAAGUUGACGAGACAGGCCUCCGAGAGGAACGGCGCUCUAUACGAGGACUUCAAGAACGAACUGGAAAUUAUGAAGUCGUUACAACACAUCAACAUAGUUGAAAUAUUGGGUUAUUCGUGGGACCACGGGUCGGACGUGCUCAUAGUGAUGGAGUAUCUAGAGGAGGGCUCUCUAAAUUACUACCUCAAGUUCCAGGGGGACAAACUAAGGAUCUCACACCUACUCAAGUACGCGAGGGAUAUUGCUACGGGUAUGGACCAUGUAUCAGCUAAGAACGUGGUACACCGCGAUUUAGCCACGCGGAAUAUUCUAGUCGUGAACAAAUACCACGUGAAGAUAUCGGACUUCGGCCUCGCCAGGAUUAUACCUAAGGAAGAAAACGCGUACAGACUUAAGACUGAACGGCUACUGCCUAUUAAUUGGUACGCCCCCGAGUCGGCGGUGGAGCCGUGGCACUUCUCCACCAAGAGCGACGUGUGGUCGUACGGAGUGACGGCGUGGGAGAUAUUCACGCGCGCCCGCCAGGAGGUGCCCAAGUUCAACCCCGAGCGGCCGAGGGAACGAGCCUCAUGCUUUCAAAUACCGGAGGGCUGUCCCUCAGAGAUAUUCAGGCAUCUGAUGAAGGACUGCUGGAAUUUGGACCCCACCCUACGACCGAAGUUCAUCGACCUCGUGCAUAUGUGCAAGCGAUUCAUGGACGAAUAUAAGUAG